AUGUUAUUAUUGUUAAUUGCAAAUCUUAUCAUUCUACCGGUGGCAAUCUCUUUCUUUAAUGAUGAUCUAAGUAUACAUUGGAUUGUAUUCAAUUGUGUAUCGGAUACAGUAUUUCUAAUUGAUAUUGGCGUGAAUUUUCGCACAGGAAUAAUAAAGAAUAAUUUUGCAGAUGAAAUUAUGCUCAAUCCUAAGGAAAUUGCACGACAAUAUUUGAAAACAUGGUUUCUUCUAGAUUUAUUAAGCUCAUUACCAUUGGAUUAUAUUUAUCUUAUAUUACAUGAUAAUGAAAAUUUUACACAAUUUGUUCACGCUGGCCGUGCACUAAGAUUUCUACGAUUUGUAAAACUUUUAAGUUUAAUACGACUUUUAAGAUUAUCUCGACUGGUUCGUUAUGUUAGUGAAUGGGAAGAAUUUAUUAAUUUAGCAAGUAAAUUUAUUGGGAUAUUUAAUCUUGUUUUAUUACUUCUACUACUUGGACAUUGGAAUGCUUGUUUACAAUUUCUUAUACCAAUGUUACAUGAUUAUCCAGUAGAAAGUUGGGUAGCUAAAGGUAAACUACAAAAUGCUUAUUGGUUUGAUCAAUACACUUGGGCUUUGUUUAAAGCUAUGUCGCAUAUGUUAACUAUUGGUUAUGGAAGAUAUCCACCUACCAGUUUAAGUGAAGCAUGGGUUACAGUGAUAAGUAUGGUUACUGGAGCUACUGGAUAUGCUUUAUUUGUCGGUCAUGCGGCAGCGUUAAUACAAUCAUUUGAUUGUUCAAAACGUCUUUACAGAGAGAAAUUUAAACAAGUGGAUGAAUAUAUGGCAUAUAGAAAACUUCCACGUGGUUUACGUAAACGUAUUGCUAGUUAUUAUGAACAUCGAUAUCAAGGGAAAAUGUUUAAUGAAAAUGAAAUUCUCAAUGAACUUUCAGAAUGUUUAAAAGAGCAAAUUAUCAAUUACAAUUGUCGGGCAUUAGUUGCUGCUGUACCAUUUUUCACAUUUGCUGACCAAAAUUUUGUCUCAGAAGUAGUUGUUAAAUUACGUUAUGAAGUGUUUCAACCAGGUGAUUUGAUUAUUAAAGAAGGUACAAUUGGUACAAAAAUGUAUUUUAUUCAAGAAGGUAUAGUGGAUAUUGUUACAAGAGAUGGUGAAGUAGCCACUAGUCUGUCAGAUGGUUCAUAUUUUGGAGAAAUAUGUCUAUUGACAAAUGCUCGCCGUGUGGCAAGUGUUCGAGCAGAGACAUACUGUAAUGUUUAUUCAUUAGAUAGAGCAAGUUUUUUGGAAGUAUUAGAUAAUUAUCCAUUAAUGCGUAGAACUAUGGAAUCUGUUGCAGCUGAACGUUUAAAUAAAAUUGGACGUGAUCCUUUAGUUGUCAGCAAUCGUAAAGAUUUGUAUGAUGAUUUAAAACUAGUAAAUGAAAUAGUAAAUCAGGCUAUUCGUGAAACAGAUGAUGUACAAAUCGAAGGAGAAACAGAAGAUAGCAUUGAUGAAGAUGGUAUUGAUAAUUGUAGAACUGGUGAUAAUAUGAAUACUACUACUAAUGAUCAUAUUAGUAGUCAAUGUCGUAAUAAUCAUAAACAUAAUCCUAAUGAACGAAAUUAUCAAUUAUGUAAAAAAAUUAAUAAAUUCUCACAUCCAGUAAAUUAUUUUAAACGACGUAAAUCAUCACAUUGGAAUACAUUAUUAUUACGUAAAAGUUCUGAACCUGAAUGGUGGAAUCAUUCAACGAAUAAUCGAUCUAGUACAUCAACCUUAUUCAAUACAAAUAUACGUAAAUGGUAUCAUAUGAAACAAGGUAAAUUAAAUCAUUCAAAAAUCAUUAAGAAAACUAAAAGUGUAGAUCAUUUAAAUUUAUUAAAAGUAACAUCAUUGAAUUUAGCAAAUAAUUGGCAAAUCACAAAAUCAACACCGGUGAAUGUAACAGUUUCUGUCAUUCAUGAUCAUGAUCAUUUAUCAUUGAAAGAGUCAACUAUAUCAAGUAUACCAAUUAAAUUGAAUGAACAAACUAAUGAAAAUGAUCUUCCAAUCAAUAAUCAAUAG